CACCCAUCUAGCGGAAGUUCGUCAUUGACAGACAUCGGUUUCGUCCAAUCACAAGGCGUAAAUUUGAUUAAGGCGGGCCACUCGUGCGGAGGUGGGAUUUUUUUUUUCUAGCCACCGUCCAUCUUCACUGAGCUUCAUCCCAGUGAGCGAGCUUGUCGAAAAGAAAACACAAUUCGGAAGUAAAGAAGACUUUUCUGGAAUAAGUUUUGGCUGUUAUUGAAAAAAGAAAAACGAAAGCCCAUGUUAUAGCCAACUUUGUGACAGACGGAAUGUGGACAUCGUCGUAGUCAGAGCCAUGGCUGACAAGAGAAAACUUCAAGGUGAGAUCGACCGAUGUUUGAAAAAAGUAGCUGAAGGUGUAGAACAGUUUGAAGACAUUUGGCAAAAGCUUCACAAUGCAGCCAAUGCAAACCAGAAGGAAAAAUAUGAAGCUGACCUUAAGAAAGAGAUUAAAAAACUACAGCGACUGAGAGAUCAGAUAAAAACAUGGGUGGCGUCCAACGAGAUCAAAGACAAACGGCAGCUAGUCGAGAACCGCAAACUCAUAGAGACGCAAAUGGAGCGGUUCAAAGUGGUGGAGCGGGAAACAAAAACGAAAGCCUACUCCAAAGAAGGUUUGGGCCUCGCACAGAAAGUAGAUCCAGCUCAGAGGGAAAAGGAGGAAACGGGACAGUGGCUAACAAAUACGAUAGACACGCUAAAUAUGCAGGUCGAUCAGUUCGAAAGCGAAGUGGAGUCUCUUUCAGUCCAAACGAGAAAGAAAAAAGGCGAUAAAGAGAAACAAGAUCGAAUCGAGGAGCUCAAGCGCUUGAUCGAGAGGCACCGGUAUCACAUUCGCAUGUUGGAGACCAUCUUACGAAUGUUGGAUAACGACUCGGUGCCAGUGGACGCCAUUCAGAAGAUCAAAGAUGACGUGGACUACUACAUUGAUUCUUCGCAAGACCCCGAUUUUGAGGAAAACGAGUUUCUCUAUGACGACUUAGACUUGGAAGAUAUCCCAUUAGUGGCCACGUCUCCGUCGGGUCAAGGCAACAUGGAAGACGAGAUGUACCUCCACUCGAGCAGCACUCCCACUUCCACCACCUCGUCGUCACCCAUCCCUCCGUCGCCGGCCACUUGCGCUGCUGAGAACUCAGAGGACGAUAAGAAAAGGGGACGGUCAACAGACAGUGAAGUUAGUCAGUCACCGGUCAAGAACGGCACACCCUCCCUGCUGUCCUCCUUCUCUUCCACCUCCACGUCCGGCUCGUCCUCAUCGUCGUCCCUUGUCUCCAUGGCGAGCGUGGUCGGGGGCGUCCCGGUGGUUCCCACCAGCAGCGGCCUAAUAGGAAGCUUCAGCAGCGCCGUGCAACAGCAUCAGCAUUUGCCGACGCAUCAGCAACAACAACAAGCUCAGCCGCAGAACCAAUCACAGCAGCAACAUCCUCCCUUGUCCAAAGCUUCGGCGCCCUCAAACAGCACCCCGAGUCCGCCCGGCAACCCGCUGCUCCCGACGUCUGCUGCGCCGUCGCAGCCCGCGCCAAGUGCGCCUAUUUCAUCAGCCGCCGGUUCUUUGUCUCAAUCUUCAUCCGGGUCCACCCCCGGUUUGGGACUCGGACUUGGAUUGGGUUUAGGCAAAGGCAGCAUCACGGGGACCAGCAGUGCCAAUCAAAUGUCGGCGUUAGGUUUAGGGGUCCACUCCACACCUAUGAAUACCAUGGCGGGGCUCAUUUCAGGGUCCACGCCAGCCCCUUACGCGCAAGCGGCGGCAGGCGGGUUGGGUCUAAGCGGCACCAGCAGCACAGCUUCCAGCAUUUCGGCGGACAGCGGCACUUCUAUCAUCACCACCUCCAGCGGCGUCACCACCAACGGUGCGGCCACGGCGCUCGGCCUUCUCGGAUCCGGACACGGCUCGCUGAGCGGCGGAAUUUUGGGCUUGGUGUCCGGGCAGAACGCGUCGCCAGCCGCCUCCCAGGUGCCGCCCAGUUCUGUCGGCGCCUCUCCGGGAGUGGUCGGCAUGAUGGGGGGCAACGGCGGGAGCGUCGGAAUGGUCGGCAACGUGCCCGCGCGACCGCCUAGUGGACUGAAGCAGAAUGGAAGCACAAGUUACAGUGCAGUAGUGGCGGAAAGUUCCACAGAAUCGGCUCUCAGCACACCGAGCCAGUCUCAAAGCAGCCAGCCGUCGUCCCUCAGUUCCUCCGCCAGUCAGCCGUAUGUCAAUGUUUCCGUUCUGCUUGUUGCACUACGACGGAUAAGAUUUCAAAUUUGCUUCAUGCUCCCUUGCAGGUUGGACAACGGCCCCAGUUUAAUCAGCUCCAUCACCCUGCCGCCCAGCUCGCCGUCGCCCUCGUUCUCCGACAGCACGCCCGGUGGAGGGAGCCUACUCAACGGGCCGCACUCCUACACGCAGGCCUCAGAAGGCCUCAAGGCUCCCGAGCCUCUAAUCUCCCUGAAGGCCAUGGCAGAGAGGGCGGCCCUGGGUUCGGGCCUUGACGGAGAGAUCCCCAACUUGCACCUAACAGAGCGAGACAUCUUCUCGUCAUCGGCAGCGCCUGGCACGCCCGCCGCCCCACAGCCAUCCGUGUCCGAGGUCAGCAUCCCACCGUCGCUCGGCGUCUGCCCGUUGGGACCCACUCCCCUCCCCAAAGACCAGUUGUACCAGCAGGCCAUGCAGGAGUCGGCGUGGACGCACAUGCCGCACCCGUCUGACUCGGAGAGGAUCAGGCAAUACCUGAUGAGGAAUCCGUGCCCCACGUUGCCCUUCCAUUAUCAGAUGCCUCCACAUCACUCAGACUCCAUUGAGUUCUACCAGCGACUGUCCACAGAAACACUGUUUUUCAUCUUCUACUACCUGGAGGGCACUAAGGCGCAGUAUCUGUCCGCCAAAGCGCUGAAGAAGCAGUCAUGGAGGUUUCACACCAAGUACAUGAUGUGGUUCCAGAGGCACGAGGAGCCCAAGACCAUCACUGACGAGUUCGAACAGGGCACUUACAUUUACUUCGACUACGAGAAAUGGGGCCAGCGGAAGAAAGAGGGCUUCACGUUCGAGUACAGGUACCUGGAAGACCGAGACUUGCAGUGACGUCCGAGCCGGAGGACACCGAGAGACACAAAUGUACUGCUGUCGACAUUCCGAGACUGAACUCCAAACUGUGGAUAGAGAUUGUGAUGUGUAGUAGAAAAAACAAAACGCUCUCCCAACCUAAAAAAAAAAAUACUGAACGGAGAGCGGCGUCUGUAUAAACGGCGUCUCCCGCGAACGCGCGAGGCGUGCGUUUGUGCCUGUUUGUGUGCGCACUCAGUACGUGGCAUUAGGAACGCCCCGCCAUCCCUCAAAUGCAUGUUUAUUAUCGUUUCAAUUUUUUUUUCUUUUACAAAAAUUACAAAAAAUAUCCUGUGUACACAAGCCCGGACGCCCCCUUUUUUUGUUGUUGUUUUUUUUUGGGUUCGACACGCGACGUUGUUAAGUAAACUGCCCUAUCUUCUAUUUACUGUAACUUUCUGGUCUAGAGCGGGGAGCUACAGUGGACAUUUUAGUCACGGUGUUUAGGUUUGGCUUCGUUUUAAGACCCUGUGAAUGCCUGUCAUGGUCACUAUUAGGCAUAGUGAGCGGUUAUCAAUAGUUUUAUUGAUAUUGUUGUGGUCCAUUCAAACAACGCGGUGAAGAAAAAACCGACGGAGAGCAACCACAGGGCCUCUCCCUGUGACAGGGAUAGCGUCCUUAUCGGACUUGGAUUAAAUUGCUAUGCAAUUGAACUGGUCUCUGACUCCCUCUGUCUUUACCAAUAAAGUUUGUUUUUAAGUUAAACCUGUCAAAAGUACUGCAUUAUUAUUAUUAUGAUGGCUUUCGUGUUUGUGAGACAUUAAUAAACGUGUGCAAACCAUCAGUACAUCUUUACGCGAGGUUUCGGGGUGUCGAUUCUUGGCGAGUGUUUGUAGUUCUAAAUGUUCGAUUAUAAAGCAAGGGUGGGAUAUUAGCUACGGAACCACCCUGGUGCCAGGGCAGAAACUUUUUUUUUUUUCAUUAGUAACCUGUACUGACAGGCACUGUUUAAUAAUUUGAGCUCACUUUUUAGUAAAUUGUGGGUACAGGUUAGUAAACUACCCACAGUUUACCAUUUGUUCACAGACUUAGGUAUUUUGAAACUGGCCAAAAUAUACAAAUUUUUACCUACGGUUUGGUAUUCUGUGAGUACAGUUUAGUAAUUUGCGCUGACAGUUUAGUAAAUAGGGUACAGGUAAACUGUACCCAGAGUUUACCAGUUGUACCCAGUUUUGUCAUCUGAAACUGUCCAAAAUUUAUUUGGACCCAGAGUUUGGUAAUCUGUGGAUAGUUUAAGAAUCCGUGUGUACAGAUUACUAAACUGUGGGUACAGAUUGGUAAACUAAGCAUCUUUCCAAUUUGUACGUACAGAUUAGUAAACUGUACCCACAGUUUACUAUUUGUACAUACAGAUUAGUAAACUGUACCCACAGUUUACUAUUUGUACCAAGAAUUUAGUUUACCUAAACUGCUGGAUGUUUACUUAUUUGGACCCAUAGUUUUGUAAUCUGAGACUGCCCAAAAUAUUCAUUUUUUUUUAUACACAGUUCGGUAAUUUGUGGGUACAAUUUAUGAAACUGGGGGUACAGAUUACUAAACUGUUUAAUAAAUUGUGGGUACAGGUUGGUAAACUGUACCCAAAGCCUGCCCCAAAUUUUUUAUUCUUUUUGCUCACAGUUCUGUAAUUUGUGAGUACAAUUAAGGAAACUGUUCACAGAUUAGUAAACAAAGCAGUUUUCCAAUUUGUACGUACAGAUUAGUAAACUAAACCCACAGUUUACUAUUUGUAUCCAGAAUUUGGCUUUCCUAAACUGCUCAAUGUUUGCUAAUUUGGAACCAGAGUCUGGUAAUCUGUGGAUAGUUUAGGAAUCCGUGUGUACAGAUUACUAAACUGUGGGUACAGAUUGGUAAACUAAGCAGCUUUCCAAUUUGUACCCAGAAUUUGGUUUACCUAAACUGCUGAAUGUUUACUAAUGUGGACCCAGCGUUUUGUAAUCUGAGACUGCCCAAAAUAUACUUUUUUUUUUUUUUAUAUAUAUAUACACAGUUCGGUAAUUUAUGGGUACAAUUUAGGAAACUGUGUACAGCUUACUAAAUUUGGACCCAGUGUUUGGUAAUCUGUGGAUACAGAUUAGGAAACUGGGUAAAGAUGACUGAACUGUGUGUACAGAUUGGUAAACUCAUCAGUUAUCCAAUUUGUGCAUACAGAUUAGUAAACUGUACCCACAGUUUGCUAUUUGUAUCCAGAAUUUGGCUUUCCUAAAUUGCUCAAUGUUGACUAAUUUGGACCCAGUUUUUUGUAAUCUGAGACUGCCCAAAAUAUAUAUAUUUUUUAUAAACAGUUCGGUAAUUUGUGGGUACAAUUUAUGAAAUUGGGGGUACAGAUUACUAAACUUUAAUAAAUUGUGGGUACAGGUUGGUAAACUGUACCCCGAGUUUGGUAAUCUGAGCCUGUCCCAAUUUAAAAAAAAAAUUUUUUUUACACAGUUCUGUAAUUUGUGAGUACAAUUAAGGAAACUGUGCACAGAUUAGUAAACGAAGCAGUUUUCCAAUUUGUACGUACAGAUUAGUAAACUAAACCCACAGUUUACUAUUUGCAUCCAGAAUUUGGCUUUCCUAAACUGCUCAAUGUUAACUAAUUUGGAACCAGAGUCUGGUAAUCUGUGGAUAGUUUAGGAAACCGUGUGUACAGAUUACUAAACUGUGGGUACAGAUUGGUAAACUAAGCAUCUUUCCAGUUUGUACCCAGAAUUUGGUUUACCUAAACUGCUGAUUGUUUACUAAUUUCGACCGAGUUUUGUAAUCUGAGACUGCCCAAUAUAUACUUUUUUUUUAAUACACACUUCGGUAAUUUGUGGGUACAAUUUAUGAAACUGGGGGUACAGAUUACUAAAGUGUUUAAUAAAUUGUGGGUACAGGUUGGUAAACUGUACCCAGAGUUUGGUAAUCUGACACUGCCCCAAUUUAUUUAUUUUUUUUUUUUUUUGCACACAGUUCUGUAAUUUUUGAGUACAAUUAGUAAACGAAGCAAUUUGUACGUACAGAUUAGUAAACAAUACCCACAGUUUACUAUUUAUAUUCAGAAUUUGGCUUUCCUAAACUGUUCAAUGUUUACUAAUUUGGAACCAGAGUUUGGUAAUAUGUGGAUAGUUUUAGAAACUAUGUACAGAUUACUAUGCUGUGCGCACAGAUUAGUAACCUACUGUCAGUACAGUUUACUGAUUUGAAUCCACAGUUAAAUAAAUUGUGGGUGCAGGUUACUAGUAAACUGAACCCAGAGGUUGAUCUGAGACUGCCCUAAUUUUAGUUUUUUUUUUUAAACACACAUUUCAGUAAUUUGUGGGUAUAUUUAGGAAACUGGGUAGUGGGUACAGAUUAAUAAACUCAACUGUUUUCCACAGUUUACUAUUCGUAUCCAAAAUAUGGCUUUCCUAAACUGUUCAAUGUUUACUAAUUUGGACCCAGAGUUUGGUAAUCUGUUGAUAGUUUUAAAAACUACAUACUACUAUGCGGUGCGUACAGAUUAGUGACCUAUUGUCAGAG